AUGCCCAAGAGCCCCUCCCCCCUUUUAUCAGCGACCAGUGCACGACCCGGCACGACCAGCGUGUACCGAAAGCGUGGUCAAGCUAAGUCAAAAUCAGGGAACACGUGGGGGAACCAUUAAGUGUGUUGCAGUAGCCACACACAGGUAACUGACCUUCCUCCAUCUCUAUCCUCACACACAGGUCCUUGAGUCGUUGGGCGUACCAGGACCCCUACAGUCAAAUUUCUAGCUUCCUGACAGCUUGUAAAAAAACAGAAAUAAUUAUGGCGAAGAAGUCACGAAUUGCAGGAGUUUCUGUAAAACAGAACCAUGAAGGUCAAGGAAAAUUGAGCAAGUCCUACAAAAAUCGCCCUAAAAAACGUAAAGCUAUUGGGGAGACCACAAUAGACAGUCAAGAAAGCACUUCGAAGAAAGUGAGAUUUUCUAUAUCUGAAAGCAUGCCACCUGAAAGUUCAAGGCAGAGCAAAUCCGAAUCCAAUAUUACUAAGAGGGAGAGACGGGCAAAAGAAAAAUUACCAAGAUUUAUGAAGCCCGAGUUAAGAACGAUUAAAAAAUCAGGCAGUAUUUUUGAUAAAGUUCAACUGACUGCUUCAGGCAAACCCAACUGGGUUGAAAUUAAGAAGGAGUCUUCUAAAAUUCGGAGAGUGAGAAAAGAGAAGAAACAGACCCAUUUUGAAAUCAUACUGCAAGUAAAAAAGAUUUGGGAAAUGGCUCGUCAUGAAAACUUUCCUGUGGAUAAAAGAGCACAAGAAAUUGUUAAACUUCACAGCCUGGUACAAAACCAGCUAAAUAAGUUAAUUUAUGCCCACGAUACAUCGAGGAUUGUACAGGGUUUAUUAAGGCUUGGAUCACAGUCUGUGAGAACAUCAAUUUGUGAUGAACUGGCUCCAGAAUUCACCGAGAUGAUGCAGAAAAAAUUUUCUGCUUUCAUUAUUAAAAGCAUUUUGAAAUAUUGCGAUGGGAAGUGGAAAACAAAAGUUUUAGAAUCAAUGAAGGGCAGUAUUGUAAAGCUGAUGACCAAUUCAGCCUCUGCUCCUCUUGUCGAUCAUGUUUACGCACAAAUAGCAUCACCUGAUCAAAAGAUAUCUAUGGAAAAAGAAUUUUUUGGCAGCUUGUUAUUAACUGUAGGAGAACCAGCUACUGGAAGUAUACCCAACAUUUUAAGCCAUUUAAAUGCUGAAAACAAAGCUGCGGUUUUUGAGAGUAUUAAGGAGAACAUUGUGAAAGUGACUACCAAGGGCAACUUCUCAGCUUUAUUGUGUCAAGUUACUCUGCAUUUCAUAGAGGAAUGCUCUCAAGAGGAUAAACAAGAAGUGUUGUCUUUAUUCAGCCCUCACAUUUUAGAUUUUGUUCACACAAAACCCGGAUCACGUUUAGCAAUGCAGUGCGUGUGGCACUUGGGCAAGAAGGUGAGAAAACAAAUUGUGAAAAAAAUGAAGGGGAAUAUAGAAACAUUGGCAUCUUCAGAAAACAGUUUUUGGAUCAUCCUUGCUCUUUUGGAUGCUGUAGAUGACACCGUUCUACUGAACAAGGUCUUGGGUGAAAACACUGUGUUCAAUGGGUAUAGGGAGGAACUCUCACCAGUUGUAGAUGAUUUCCUCCUAAGAAUAUCAAAAGAAGUGGAGAUAUGGUUGGAAAAUCCCAAAGUAGCAAUGGUGACUUUGGCAGCCCUCAAGAAAGGGCAAGGUGAGAAAUUGUGUAAGGCUCUUCAGGCCAUUGCAAGAUACAUAUGCAGUGAUGUAAAACUUGAUAAUCAACCCUUAAUUGAAAAUCCAGGCAUGAACCUGAUACUCAAAAAACUCUUGAAAAUGGAUGACUUGAAGAAGGAUGAUUCAGAUAAAUUUUCUGUUCACCUAGCUUCUGUUUUAGAGGCCGCAACGAUAAAAAAAUGGAUAUCUUGCAAUAGAGGUGCAUUCCUUUUAGUUGGGAUCUUAGAAGCUAAGUCUGAAGAAGCUACAAAAACUUUAGUCAGCAAGAUAACCCGUCCACUUAAAGAACAGAUACGCAAAGCUCCGCACGUAGGGGCGAAAGUUUUAAUCAGAGUGCUGAAAGAAGUGGCUCCAGAUUUGGGUGACUGGGAAUUAACGAAUACUGAUGACUGAUCUGAAAUUUUUGGACUGCUAAUUGUAGCUUGAUUUAAUUCUCUUUAGAGUUAUGUUCACCAUGUUCUAGGUUUUAUAUAAUGUAUUUGUUAUUUUGUAAAUAAAACUAUUUUUGUUUUAAAAGUACUCUUUAAUAUAUCCUUGCACACAUGAAUUAGC